UAUAUUAUAAUUCAAUUUAUUUAGUUAAAGAAAUUAUGAGAUUGUGACUUAACGACCCCAUCAAUUAUUGAGUGCACAAAAAAAAUAAUAAAAUAAAUUAAAAUAGAAGUUUCCAUGUAACUAAAGAUGUACUACGAGUGAUGCACAAGGUACAACUCAUCUAUGCACCCGGUGGUCUUUAAAUAGCCACCCCCAUAAUUCCUUAACUCCAUCAAAAAAUUAAAAACAAAUCUUCUUUCAAUACAACAAACAAAAAUUCCCCCUACCAAAUCAACAUUUCAAGAAAUCUAGAGAGAGAGAGAAAUCUAGAGAGAGAGAGAGAAAAUGGAGCAAAAUAAAAUGCCGAUAAUAGCGAAGAAAUUCUGGAAAAUAGUGAGAGUGGUUUAUUACAUGUUGAGAAAAGGUAUAUCAAAGGCCAAGCUCUUGGCCGAUCUCAACAUCAUGAUGAAAAGGGGCAAGCUCGCCGGAAAAUCGGCCGUUCACAACCUCGUAUUCCACCACCACCACCACUCCGCCGCAUCCGCCGCCGCCGCCGAACCAGAGGUCUCCUACCCGGUCCCGCUCAACGAGUACGAGUUCAGCUGCAGCAAAACCCCUACUUUCCGCCUCCCAUUCCACCUCAACAAGCGCAAACACUCCUCUCACUCUCACUCGCCGCAGCCGCAGCCGAGCGAUGCUGAUCUGUUCGCCGCCGCGAUGGAGAUCGUCGGUGGAGAAGCGUCGCCGGCGCUUCCUGGGUUUGGGCGAACGCCGGUGGUGAGGCAGCUGAGGAUAACAGAUUCGCCGUUCCCGUUGAAGGAGUUUGAAGCGGAUAGCCACGUGGAUGAGGCGGCGGAGAAGUUCAUUAUCAAGUUUUAUAAGGAUUUGAAGCAGCAGAAUUAAUUUAAUUAAUUAUUGAAAUUUUCUUCACUUCCAAUGUUUGUAGUUAUAAUUUUGUAAUUUUAUCGAAAUUAUAUCUAUUAAAAAAAAUAUCAUAAAAGUAUUAGUAUAGAGGAAAAAAAGAACAAUGAUAAAUGGUUGUUGUUUGUAAUGAUCAAGAAAAAGUUUUUAUACGAAUAUAUAUCUUUCAUUAAUUAGUUUGUUAUAAUUUUGUAUUUAUCUUAGUGAUUAUAUUUUUCACAUAUUUCAAUUU